UCCAUAUUUAAAUCGUACUAUAUAAGCUGCUUUGCAGUGAAGAUGAUAUUGCAUUAGUUUCUCUGCCUUGGUUGAGUUUAGAUCUUUUUUUUUUGUUCGGUUGGUUGCACCAGCUUAACCCGUAAAAAGUUCAUUAGGUCAACAUGAGGGGUUUGAUUUUGUUGGCGAUCGUGGGAUGUGCUCUCGCUCAGCGAAGCCAGGAUGAUUCCCGUUACAAUGACGGACGAUAUUAUCCAGAUCUCUACCAAGGAAAGUACAACGACGGAAAGUACCGCCCGGAUGGAAGUGGUGCUUACCGACCGGAUGAUUCCGGUAGAUACUCCGGCAAAUACGUUCCAUACGUAGAUGGAAAAUACGGCGUAGGAGGACAGGGAGGUGCAGGCGGAGCUGGCGGUGCUGGAUCUGGAUUCGGUGGAAAGGGAGGAUCAGGUGGUUUUGGCUCUGGUGGUGGUUUCGGAUCUGGAUCUGGAUUCGGAUCUGGCGGAUCUGGAGCUGGAUUUGGAUCGGGAGCUGUCUCCAACAAAGGCACUUCUUUCGCAGCUUCCACUGCUUCCAAAAAGACGCCAUCCAACUCGGGUAAUCGCUUCGGAGCCGGCUCUGGAAAAGUGAGCCAGGGAAUUUCCGUCCCCGCUGUCCCUCCACGAGUGCUACCCCAGAAAGUCAAAACUCCAACUUUCUCGCCAAUUUCCUCCGGAACCGGUAAGGGAUUCGACCGCAUCAAGGAACAAGUGAAGCAGUACAACAACGACGGCUACUACUACCGCUAUCUGACCGAACAGGAUGCCCAAGUUGCCGAAACGGGUCGCCUUGAAGACCGUGACACCGACAACGAAACGCUCCGAGCCAAGGGAUUCUACGAAUAUGUCGGUGAUGAUGGUGUGCGGUACCGUGUUGACUAUAAUGCCGACGAGAAUGGAUUUGUGCCCCGUGGUGCCCAUCUGCCAACUCCACCUCCGAUCCCAGAGGCCAUUCUGAGGGCCCUGGAGUAUGUGCGUAGCGUGCAGCAGUAGAUCCGUUGCGUUUCUAGCAACGUUAAAUUAUGUUCAGUCAGACUCAAUGUGCAGUCGAAUUACCUGUGUUCUUUGAAAAUAAGUUGAAAACGUUCCGAAUAAAAAUCGAAAAAUUA